AGAUAAUGAGCAUUUGCAGUAAUCAAUGUGUUAAAGAAGACUGGGAUGAAAAGAGUACCAGCACAGAAGAAAAAGAUGAUGAGACUUUCUUUGAAAUUGAGUAAUAUUGUAUUAAUAACUUAAGUGUUAAACCUAAAAAAAAGAGAUUUGAAACUAUUGAACAAAAAAAACAAUAUAUUGAAGAGUAUACUAAGAAAAAGAAAACAGAACUUUGUAAAAAUUAUGAAGCUUUGGGAUAUUGUAAAUUUGGAGAUGAAGUAUAACACAUUUAAUAUCUUAUAGUGUUCCUUUGCACAUGGUCAAAGAGAGUUAUAACCAAAAAUUCAUUUACAUCAAAAUUAUAAGACUAAAGCUUGUGUCAGAUACUUCAAUGAAGGAUUCUGUCCUUAUGGUUUACGUUGCCAAUAUUUACAUAAUGAAAUCAUAAAUCAAUAAAAAUUUGAUCGAUACUUACUGAAUUGUUACAAACAAAAUGGGAUGAAACCGCCUAUUUCUUAAAGUAAAUUAAAAAUCUAAUUUAGAAUUUUUAAACACCUCAGACAGAUUGGACAUUUAAAGGUUUUAAUAGAUUUUCAAUAACUUUUAAAAACAAGGACUUACUAUUCAUCUUCAUAAUAGGUCUAAGUUUCUUAAAAAUUUAGAAAAUUAGUAAUCAUUAUCAUCUUGA